UUCUCAAAGCGGGUUUGCUUAUUAGAUAGAACAUUGUCUGGCUUCGUCUUUCUUUUCCAAGAAUUUCUCAAUUGCCCUUUUCCUUCUCCUCUCCCAUAAUAUCUCACAUUCUCGCACACGUCAUGUCGCCUUCAAUAUCGAUUCUCAACCAACCACAUCUCCCGGCUCUCGAACCAUUCCGCGCCGCCGUUCCGCCGGUCUUGACUCGGUUACUGCACCAUCCCGACUACUUCCCCAUUCGCACCUGGUCACGCAUCUUCAAAUCCGACUCCGGUGAAGAUGGCUAUUUUGCCAACACGCUCGCUUCCCCUUCUACAAUCCCCCAUGUUUGCACCCUGCGUCGUCAACCAGAGCUGCUCGCACCUCUAUCUGAUGCUGCGCCCGCCUGGCCCGCUCCCACCUCUGUGUCUCAAAUUGAAAACCCAGACCUUUACCUAGUCCUGCAGCUAGCCACCCCCGGGAUCUCCGGCCAUCCUUCCACCGCCCAUGGCGGUCUCUUGGCAACCUGCAUCGAUGAGGCCAUGUCCUAUGCCGUCGCAUUGCGUGCCCCCGAGACAGGCGCCGCCGGGGCUCUCUCCGCCCACCAUCCCCGCGGCAUGCUCUACACUGCGCAGCUAGACAUUCGCUAUCGUGCUCCUGUCGUUGUACCAAGCUAUACGCUUGUUCAGGCCAAGGUUCUGGCUCGGGUCGGUCGCAAGUUCUGGGUGCAUGCUCAGAUCUUGCAGCCAGAUGAGAUGGCUGAGAGCCAGCUGUCCGUUACGACCGAUGCUAUAGCCUUCUGGCUGCAGACGAAGGCGUCCUUAUAGACGCAAUGUGGGCGGCGUCUCUGGAGAUACACGACCUCAUUCAGCAUUCAGAUCAUUGAUAGACUGUGCUGCCUUCGUCUUCUUGCACAUAUAUAGUUAUAUAC